UGAAACUUUAUGGAGUAAUAACAAAGCUAUUGUUUUACAGUAGUACAAUUGGCACGGCUCCUUUAAGUACAGUAACUUGUUUACGAGACCCUUUCACCUAUUCCGACAAAGUAAGGCGGGCCAUAUGCCUUGAGUUAUUUCUAUUGGAAGUUAAUAUUUGUCGUCAAAAAUUGGCCGGUUCUUAAAAGUGGGCGUUAGGAUUGUGUAAGCAAUGGCCUCCAUUGUGGCUCCCUGACGACUGACAGAUUUUCUUGUGUUCAAGGCUAGAAGAUCCGAAAUGGCGACCACAGCGAAACGGUUUCCUUCAACGUGUUAUGCGAUCCGUUUUACGUCAGGGAGCAUGUAGAUCCAACUCAGGGCAUGUGUCACAUGAUUCAUAGAGCCCAGCUGCCCAAUUCCAAUAUGGUGGUCAGCUUGGCAGACUUACGUUUCUUGUUGACGAUAUUGUUCUUCUGCGGGUUCGGUUUCGGCGCCUGCAGUCAGGAAGCCCCGCAGGUUCUUGGGCUGCGUCUGGAGGAGCCUCCGGCGCAGGUAUUUAUGCAGAAUCGGAUCAUCGUAGCGCAGUACGGAGCCAAUUUCCAGCUGCGAUUGUUUGGUUCUCACCUGUAUAAUAGAACUUGGCCGUGGGUUGCUUUCGCUAAAGCUGCAGAGGGGGAGGCAGGUGCUGUAGGAGAUGCAGCAGACCCGUGCGAGAAGGAAUACCGCCGGAAUUCUACUGCGUUCCAAGUCACGGGAACGUUCAGUGCGGAUGAGGAGAACAGUGGGUUGAUAACGGUCCAGGCGACCGAUGAUAGCGCCUCUGCUGCAUCCGGGGUAGGAGAUGAGACCAAUCCGGGAUACCAUCACGUAUGCGUCCUACAAGGCGUCAAGUGGGUAUCCCUGGGUCCAGACAGAUUGCGUAUUGUGAAAGACCUUGGACGCGCGAGCGAUUACAUUCCGGCAUGGGGCUUGGCGGUGGGUAUCGUGUCGAUAAUUUGUGGCUGUGCGGUGUUUAGAAGUCUAAAUCUGAGCUUGUUAUGGUUGGAUCCGUUGGAGUUGUACGUGCUGCACAGCUGUGGAUCUGAGAAAGAGAAGCGGACUGCAAAGCGACUGGAGCCAGUGAGAAGACGAGGCAAUUUCUUGGCAUGCGCUCUGUUGUUUACCUGCGCAGUGGGUCAUUCCGCUCUAGGAAUUUUGUUCUACCGCGCCCUGGGAUCUGUUGUGCUCUCUGUGUUCGUGUGUGGUCUCAUAAUCUUUCUUUUGGCCGAAUUGCUACCGCACGUAAUAUGCUCCGGUUACGGAUUCCAGAUCGCGCCGAACAUUACGUGGUUAGCUCAGGUCUGUAUGGUGCUGACCUGCCCGCUGUCCUGCCCGCUGGGUCUGCUUCUAGAUCUGGCCCUGCGCCGCGACAUCAACACCUGCAGUGUGCGCGAGAAGACCAUGGAGAUGAUCAGGACCAACGUCAACGACCCAUACAACGAAUUUGUCAAGGAAGAGUUCAGCCGCGGUGCCCUAAGGACCAAAACGGUGGAGGACAUCCUGACUCCACUGAAAGAUUGCUUCAUGCUUCCUUCCACCGCUGUGCUGGACUUCGGAACCAUGUCGGAGAUUAUGCAGAGUGGUUACACGCGGGUUCCCGUGUACGAGGAAGAGCGUUCGAACAUCGUGGAAAUCCUGUAUGUCAAGGACCUAGCUCUGGUGGACCCAGAUGACUGUACGCCAAUGACCACCAUCACAAAGUUCUACAACCACCCUUUGCACUUUGUUUUCAAUGACACCAAACUGGAUGCCAUGCUUGAGGAGUUCAAGAAAGGUAAUUCUCACCUGGCCAUAGUACAGAAGGUAAACAAUGAGGGGGAGGGGGAUCCCUUCUAUGAGGUGCUGGGUCUGGUCACAUUGGAGGACGUCAUUGAGGAGAUCAUCAAGUCCGAGAUCCUGGACGAGUCCGAUGGCUACAUGGAAACCAAGGUCAAGCGUCCACUCGCCCCUCUGGAGAUCCCAUUGGAGCCCCGGACCGUCCAUGAGGAGUUUUCCCUCUUUAAGCUGCCCGAGGGGGAGCCUAAAAUCCGCACCUCCCCCCAGCUACUCCUCGCCACGCAUCGCUUCCUGUCCCGAGAGGUGGAACACUUCAGUCCUCAGCGCAUGUCUGAGAGGGUGCUGUUCCACCUCCUGCGGCACCCCAGUGUCAACCAGGAGGUGAAGUUUGACCCAGGAAAUAGACUGAGUCCCGAUCACUACCUGUACACCCGCAACCACCCUGUGGACUACUUCAUCCUGCUGCUGCAGGGUCGUGUGGAAGUAGAAAUCGGCAAGGAGGGCCUCAAGUUUGAGAAUGGGGCCUUCACGUACUAUGGCGUGUCUGCAUUGACUGUGCCCUCCUCAGUGCAUCAGUCCCCCGUGUCCACACAGCGUCCCUCCCCGAGGGACCCCUUUGAGCUUGGGGAGGCAUCCAGUCCGUCCAGCUACUGCCCCGACUACACCGUCCGUGCGCUGACUGACCUGCAGCUCAUCAGAGUGACACGCCUGCAGUACCUCAACGCCGUGAUGGCUUCCCGUGUGGCUCAGAGCCCUGACCCCCCCGAAAUUAAAGUCCUGCCCAACAGCCAGACCAAGCUGCUAAAUGAGAGGAACACCAACCCAGAAUUCCCUGUUCACUUUUCCUUUUUUGAUAAAAUUGAGAACUACUGAGGUAAAUGCUACCUUUGUUUGCUCUGUCAAGCACGCUGAGUGUUCCAGUUGAAAUAUUCAUCCAUAUCUGUCCUGCGCUUUGUUGCGUUGUGUGGACUCAGUCCGUAGUAGACAUGGCGCAUCGCGGCACAGUCUAUGGUCUAUUGACAAAUGUGUCUUUGCCACAUAAAAAUGUUGAUUUUGUGGGCUGUAGGCCUCAGAGAAUAACACGCAUUGCUGUUGGUCCAGCACUAGACAUAACAUUCCAUUAAAGCGAUAGGCCUAUAUCUCAGUGGCCCAACUGAGGUGUGUUAUGGGUGGGUAUAGUGAAGACUGAGCAUGCGCGCACACACACACACACACACACACACACACACACACACACACACACACACACUUUCUCUCUCUUUCUCUCUCCCUUUGUGAUAUUUUGAGUAAUUAUAUUUUCUCCUGUCUGUUCCUUUUUAUACCGAAGCCAUGGUGCCAGAGGGCUGUGAGUUUGGUGUCGGAUCGUAUUUCUCUGAUGCACUUCAUGCAUAUGUUGUCUGCCAACAUGAAAAGACAUGUCGGUUGUGUGCCUCAGCGUUAGGAAUCCCUGUUCCUAGAGUGCAAGAGACCUUUAUGUUUUAGUUUUUUCCCCCAUCCAAGCUCAGUUGCAUAGUUUGAUGGAUAAUUACGUCUGAGUCUGAAUGGUGAUACCUGUAGCAGGCGGUCACCUGCUGUCAGUAAGCCUAAUGAUUAAUCCUGUUAGGGGAUUGGAAAGGAGUAUCGGCCAAAAAAAUUGCUCCAGGACCAGGGUUUCCUGCCCGCUUAUCUACAUUACUGUACAGGAUGUGUCAGGCACCUGAUCGUGCCCUAGCAUGUUGUUUGUAGCAGCUCAGCCUCUGCCAGUUUUAACCGGCUGUUUUGCUGUAACCUGCAGGUGCGAGCAAGAGCAUGGAGCCUGUGGCUGGAGGUGAAACUCACGGAUAGAGGGGGGAUUUGCAGUUUCAUUAUUAUUAUUAUUAUUAUUAUUAUUAUUAUUAUUAAUUUAACUCAUUUUUUGUAACUUUUGCCAUCUAGUUUAUGAGUAACUUUUAUCAAGAUGAUGUUUUUUUUUAAGAAUCAGAAUUUUCUUUUUAACAAAAUUAUUUUCUGGAUCAUUGUAACUGAGCCAGGACUGGGACUUAGAGACUGGUGCAGGCGAUGGCUUAAAUGCAUUGCUUAGCAGUGGGCGUGGCUACCCAGUGGAGGGGGAGGGGCUUAAGGCCACCCUUCUGCCACAUCUGUGUAAACCUUACAUACAUACAUAUAUACACAAAAUACAUGAGGGAGAGUGUGUGUGUGUGUGUGUGUUUGCUUUCUUUGUAUCAUAAUUCAGGCAGUAUAAAACAUGCUGUUUGCUUGUUCCUGCUUCUCAGACAUGACCUUUGUGUGCCACUUGCAUAGAAUGGAUUUGUUUUUUCACCCCAUCAAAAAAAAGAUUUUUCAAAAUUGCUUGUGCACAAAGCUGUCAGCUGACCCAUAAUGGAGGACAUGAAAGUACAAGUGAAUUUUCUUGUCUUGUCUUGUCACUCCUCAGAGAAGCGUAGCACCUCCACCACUUCACCACCAUCUGCACAAUUUGUAAUGCAGCUUUAGGUAAUGUGGCCAAUGUGUGUCUGCGUAUGUGUGUCUGUGUGCAUGUUUGUGUUCACACCCAGUCCUCUCAGCCAGGUGUGUGUGGUUUGUACUGGGUCUUUGUAGUGCUGUGCUAGAACAUGCACGUUUUGUCCGCCGGGCAGUGCCAAAGUCAUUCCUAAGAUAACAGGCCUCUGGGCCUUGUUUAUCCUGUGCAUGUGAGUGCAUGCGUGUCUGUCUAUCUACGAUCAGUGUUUGAUUCAGGGAGAACUGCUUGCAGUGUUGUCUGGAAAUUUGGAUCGCCACUCAGCCAUGCCCUCUCUGUGCCAGUGUGGAAAUGUGUCUGUCUGUCUGUCUGUCUGUCUGUGUAUCCGUCCAUUUGAGGAGAUGCACAAGAAGACUACGGUCAAAUGGCAGAUUUGCACAAAAAAAAUGUAUCCUGUGCACUAUAAUUGGUUUAAUUUUUAUUUUUUCGUUGUAUUGAUGAUACGGUACGUCCAGAUUGGCUACCCUCUAUUGCUGCUUGACCGGCUCUUUUGUCAGUUGCACACCAACGUGUACACACACACACACACAUUCACACAUAUACAAGAGCACACUUUUUUACCAAACUAUAUUAGCAGUGUUUGGUGCCUAACCGUAAUGAUGCAGAAGUACUGUGAACAGAAGCGUGCCACCACCAUCAAAGUGAAAGAAAAACAAAUUAUUUUUCAAAAGUUGUUUGCUUCUCAGCUAUUCUUUCUCUCUCCAUCUCUUUUUAUUCUGCAACUCUUUUUGUGUGCUGCAGACUAGAUCAGGCCAGUGUGUCUCCACAUUAGAAUAAAAAGAAAAACUGUAUUACACAAAUGUGUGCCAACUUGGACCAAGCUCACUCAGCUUGAGUUUGGCCAACAGGAUGGAGAAGACUGUCAUUCAGUGAUGCUUUUUGUUCCCAGCUCCCUUUUUUUCCACUCUUGUGAACCCAAUAGGUUUCAAUUUUAUUUUAAAUGAACAUUCCAGCUUACAUUAUUGUAUUUUGGUGUGCAAACCACAGACUGUGUGAGUGUGUGUGUGUGUGCGUGCGUGCCUGCGUGCAUACAUACAGAGAAGGAACAGGUUUCUAAACAGUUCUCGUCAGUCAGUAUUGAGUCUUAGAGAAUGCCUUCAGGAAAAUAUUUUACUAUUAAAAUGUGUGACUGCAUGUGCAGGUUAAGGACAUAUUCUGAAAAUUUGUAUUCCUCAUCAUUUUUUUAAAACUGGAGAGCCACAGAGACUUCUUUGGACUCAUUUGCUGUUUAAAACAGUUUUGUUCAGGAUACCAUUUUAAAACUGGCCCUUUUUCCUCAAGAUACUUAGAUUUAUUGACAAUAAUGACAAGUACUAACAGGAAUGAUUAACUUUGUGAUUCCAAGUAAAUAUUUUUCAGCCGUUUAAAUAAAUUGUAUUGUUUGCCCUGCUGUAAAAGUGCAUUUAUAUUGUAACAAAAGAAUGAAUGUACACUGUAAAUGAAUAAUCCUUUAUUGUGCUACUAUUACUUAGUUGAAUGAAUGAUGGGGGUUGGAGGUGGUAGAGAUUACUGUAUAUUAAUAUAUAAAUAUACACACACUAUGUAUAAUAGAGAAUAUAUAUUGAAGAUGCUAAUAGAUGGUAGAUAAUACUUGUUUUUCAGGUACAAGAACAUAAUACUGUUACCAGGGAAAAAUCUAGGUCUAGGUCUUGUUUUCUACCCAUUUCUUCCUUUGUUUUAGAAUAUAUGUCUUUUGUUGUAGAUUUUUCUAGAAUUUUAGAAGUCCUGUGUGUAUAAACCAUUGCAUCAAAUUAUUUCAUGGUAAACUGAAUGGUAUUUCAUAGGGAAUAAACAAACUCAACGAACAUA